AUGCACCCCACGUUCAUUUGACACCAGAAUAUAACCUACAAACCGAAAUCAAUAAACAUUUUUUUCAAAACCAUUUUUUCAUAUCAAAUUCUCUCAUUUCUCAACUUUGGGUUUCUUCUUUUCUUUCUCAAAACAUCAAAUCUCCUUCUAGCAUGAGUUGUUGACAUUGUGUCGACGCGUUUCGUGUUUUCGAGCAUUACUAGUAUUGCAAGAUAAGAGUCAUUAACCAUUAUAAGAUAGUAGUACCAAUGGUUGUCAAUCUAGUUCGAACUUACGAUGGUCGUUCGAGUUCUUGAACAAGAAGAUAAUAACAUUGAAAGAUCAAGAUUGCAUUCGACGAAUAAUAACAAUAAAGCCAUGUACGAACCUAAUACAGGACGAAGAAAAUCACAUAGUUUGAUUUUGGAUAAUGUAACUGGUGGUUCUCCAGUAGAGGAGAAGGUUUCAUCAAGAAGUCAUGGAUCAAAUGUUCCGAGUUCGUUAGAGAAUCAACAAAUCGGUUCUGUAUUCAACAAGGAUAGAGGACCGAAAUCACGGUUGGGCAAUGGAGGCGGUUUACCAUUGGCAAGGGACAAAAAUUCUGAUAUUGAAAUGAUGAAAGAAAGGUUUGCAAAGUUGCUGUUAGGUGAAGAUAUGUCAGGUGGAGGAAAAGGAGUUUCUUCGGCUUUGGCGCUUUCGAACGCCAUCACUAAUCUAGCAGCGUCUGUUUUCGGUGAGCAGUCACGUUUGGAGCCCAUGUCAGUUGAAAGAAAAGCAAGGUGGAGAAAAGAAAUCGAUUGGUUGUUAUCUGUGACUGAUCAUAUCGUAGAAUUCGUCCCUUCGCAACAGAAAUCCAAAGAUGGAGUUAACAUGGAGAUUAUGACAACUUGUCAACGUACGGAUCUCCUCAUGAACAUCCCGGCCCUGCGCAAGCUGGAUGCCAUGCUCAUUGAGCAUUUAGAGAACUUCAAAGAUCAAAAUGAAUUCUAUUAUGUUUCAAAAGAUGCUAAAGAUGCUGAAAAGAGGAACGAUGACAAAUGGUGGCUACCCACUCCUAAAGUCCCACCAAAUGGACUGUCUGAUGUCUCAAGAAAAUGGCUUCAAUUUAUCAAGGAGUCUGUAAACCAAGUACUGAAAGCAGCCAUGGCCAUAAAUGCACAAGUUUUGUCAGAAAUGCAGAUACCUGAAGAUUACAUUGAAUCCCUUCCUAAGAAUGGUAGAGCAAGUCUUGGGGACUCGAUUUACCGGAGUAUAACAGACGAAUCAUUCGAUCCUGGAGAAUUCCUAUCAACUUUAGACUUAUCAUCAGAGCACAAAAUCCUUGAUCUCAAGAAUAGAAUUGAAGCAUCUAUUGUAAUUUGGAAAAGAAAAAUGACCAACAAAGAUUCCAAGUCUUCUUGGGGUUCUGCUGUUAGUUUAGAAAAGAGAGAAAUCUUUGAAGACAGAGCUGAAACAAUCUUGCUUCUUCUUAAACAUAGGUUCCCCGGCAUCCCUCAGUCGUCCCUCGACAUUAGCAAGAUCCAGUUUAACAAGGAUGUUGGACAGUCUAUUCUAGAGAGCUAUUCAAGAAUACUAGAAAGCUUGGCUUACACAGUCAUGUCGCGGACAGAAGACGUACUUUACGCCGAUUCUCUUGUGCACAACCCGUCACUGGGAGAAUCGAACAGACCUCUUGCAUUAGAUCCUCCUAGCAACGACGAAGAACCAACGCAACUAGAAACACCGGGUUCAAUGACACUAUUCGACUUCAUGGGUUGGGAUGAUUCAGCAGAAAACGAUGACAAGAGUAAGGACUCAAUGGGCGGCAAUGUAGACAACAUGUUGAAAAUUGAUGACGCCAAAGUUAAGAACAAGCUUGGUAAUGUUGUGACUAAUAACAACAAGAGGUUUUCCUAUAUAGAGAAACUUGAGAAUUUGGGUGGCCUUAGAAGUCCAACGGCUCGCCAUUAAUAGACACACACAGAUGAUGCAUAUACGAAAAAUCGAAAAGGCGGAAACAGAAAAGAGAGUGAGAGUUUAUAUUCUAAGUGUAAAUAUUCAGACCCAAAACACAAAGAGAAGCCAUUCAUAGAGGACACGUGAGAAUUUGUAUGGCUCUUGUUCUUCAUUUUUCUUCCUAAAAAUUUAUGUAACAAAAGGAAGAAUGUUUUUAAGCAUAGAGUUUGAUUUUCCAUUUGUAUUCUUAACCGAGCUUUAGAACGGCUCUAAGUAGUAGAUUUUCUAGUUAUACUGAGAUUUGUUCUUCAUUCUUCUAACUUUGUAUUGCCAUAGUCUAUUAAUUCAAUUUUCUCACUUCUCUUCA